AUGAAUGCCUAUUCUAGCGAUCAGUUUGUUAUACAGGACGCAUUCCCUGCCGAGUUCAUAUCUAAUUCCGUUCAACAUGGAUUAGCUGGCGUGAGUUUAAUUUCUUUGGUGCCUCAUUUUUUAUAUUGCUGCUACACGGCUAUAACUUUAGAAAAUAAAGAGUUUUAUCAAGUAUUUUCAAGGUACCGAUGUGGGCAAUAUGGUCAUUUGUCAUCUGCGCUAUACUGAUAAUUGCCGUUCUUCUUUUGGAUUAUUGUGUGAUAAGGCGGAAUGCUUUGGGAAACACGUGCUGCUCAAAAACUCGCCAAAAACGUGGAACAACAAACGCGGCUCAUCAGAAAAGAUCUACAAACAUGCUACUCAAUGUAUAAUAAAAGACUGUCGAGAAAAAUCACAACUCGCAACUUCCAGAAAUUGAAUCGCAAUAUGGCUUUAACAGAUCAAGACGUAUAG